AUGGUAGUAGCGCUGAUCCGAGACUCUCAUCCGGCCAAGUUGUUCCAGGGGAGUUUGUGGGUUUCUGGAAUUUCUCCAGAUUACUGCAACCAUAGUUUUCUGUUUGAACCUUCUUUAGAAAUAUACAAUAUGGCCGCGGUUGAUACAGCUACCAAGGAGGUGGAGGCGUUGCAUGUGGGACAAAAUGAAGAAACCAAAGCAGAUCUGAUUAAAGAAAGCAAAACUGCAAACAGCAAUGGUGUGGUUCCUGCAGCUCAGUCUUCACCACCGGAGGAUGAUGACGAAGCACAAGCUGAUGAUCCAUCUCAAGAUGGAGCACCAGAAGCUGCAAAGAAGAAAAAGAAGAAAAACAAAUCCAAAAAGAAGAAGGGUCCUCUUCAGCAGACAGAUCCUCCAUCAAUACCUGUUGACGAGCUUUUUCCUUCAGGAGAAUUUCCUGAGGGUGAAAUUCAGCAAUAUAAGGAUGAUAAUUUAUGGAGAACAACUAGUGAGGAAAAGAGGGAGCUCGAACGACUGCAAAAGCCAAUGUACAACUCUGUUCGCCGAGCAGCAGAAGUUCAUAGACAGGUGCGGAAACAUAUGAGGAGCAUUAUUAAGCCUGGAAUGUUAAUGAUUGAUCUAUGCGAAACACUGGAAAACAUGGUCAGGAAACUUAUCAAGGAGAAUGGACUGCAAGCUGGCAUUGCCUUUCCAACUGGAUGCUCCUUGAAUUGGGUCGCAGCUCACUGGACUCCGAAUUCUGGUGACAAAACUGUGCUACAGUAUGAUGAUGUGAUGAAGCUGGAUUUUGGAACACAUAUAGAUGGGUACAUUGUUGAUUGUGCAUUUACUGUUGCAUUCAAUCCAAUGUAUGAUCCAUUGCUUCAAGCAACAAGAGAUGCCACAAAUACAGGGAUCAAGGAAGCUGGAAUAGAUGCACGGCUUUGUGAUGUUGGUGCUGCAAUCCAAGAAGUAAUGGAAUCAUAUGAGGUUGAAAUCAAUGGGAAAGUUUUCCAAGUAAAAAGUAUUCGGAACCUCAAUGGACAUAGCAUUGGGCCAUAUCAGAUCCAUGGUGGAAAAUCAGUUCCGAUUGUGAAAGGUGGAGAACAAACAAAAAUGGAAGAGGGGGAGUUUUAUGCUAUUGAAACUUUUGGGUCUACUGGAAGGGGAUUUGUCCAGGAGGACUUGGAAUGCAGCCAUUACAUGAAGAACUUUGACGUUGGGCAUGUGCCUUUGAGGGUAGCAAAGGCUAAGCAACUACUUGGGACAAUCAACAACAACUUUGGAACACUCGCAUUUUGCCGCCGGUACUUGGACCGCCUUGGCGAGACGAAAUACCUCCUGGCUCUGAAAAAUCUUUGUGAUAGUGGUAUCAUUCAGCCGUAUCCUCCAUUGUGCGACGUGAAAGGGAGCUAUGUCUCGCAGUUUGAGCACACCAUCUUACUCCGGCCAACCUGCAAAGAGGUCAUAUCCAGAGGCGACGACUACUGA